AUGGACUUUGCUGUCCCGGACGAUGCUGCUGCAAGGAACAGGUUUGAGACCUUCAAACUGGGCAAGGGUCUUCCGUCUGCAAAACAUGGCCAUUCUCGCUCCCAUUCACGCAACAUUUCUUUUUCUUUUCCCAAAUCUGCCUCUGUAAACGACAUUUCUGCUUUUUCUUUCCCAGCUGCUCCUUCACCGACUCUGCCUUCGUCCCCGAGCCACAGCGCUCUCACAAACACUGUGCCCAAUCCGAUCCCACCAGCCAAGCGCAACUCUCACCACAGGCGCCGCUCUUCCGUCUCUACUCGUCAUGAGUCGGCAGAGAUGAUGGGCGUCGCCCUUCCUGACCUUCCUGUUUCAACUUCGGACGACAACAUCAACCUCGGCGAAAAGGACUCCAUUCGUCGCCGUGCUCUCUGGGCUUUGGAGGGAAAGCCAGAUGUUGCUUUCAACAAGGUUGAGAUUCCCGAUAUCUCUACGCCUGACAUCGAGAAAAUGAUGUUUGACUUUUCAACCAAGUCCUCUUCCUAUGGAAAUGCCAGCAAGCGUGAUUCCUUCAAGCUAUUGGGUCCUUCUUCUUCGGCCAAGGACCAGCUUGGAACACUGUUGGAGGAGGAAGAAGAGGAAGAGGAAGUGAACCCGUUGCCAUCGCCUGCGCCCUCUGUCCAGGAAGAGUUGCCACCCCCCAAUACACCCAUCACGCCCUUGACUCCUUCUCUUUCGAUAACAAAGCCUACUCCCGCAAAACCCCGUCCGUCCAACCUUAAUCUGCGUCCUUUGUCUCUCACUCCGGACAGUGUCGUUGCGUCUUUGCCGUCUCCAUCGCCUACACCUAGCCCCCGUCAAGGACUUCGCACCUUAGCUCUGACCCCAAGCUCUUCCACAGAUGACAAUGCGGCUGAUGUCAAGCAGUCCAGGCGUAACUCUCUUGUUGUUUCUCCAACCCCAAGUUCAAAACGACCGGUUUUGAAUCUUUCUCUAGAGAACAUGGAUAAGUCCCUGGCGACAACUGAGGAAGAACCAAAACCCUCACGGCGAAGCAGCAUCUCGUACAAGAAGUCUCACAACAGCGUGACCAUGAACAUCGCUGGACUUCCCACACCGGAGAUGACUCCCACCUUUGGCCGGCGAUACUCCACCACCGAGUCGCUGAGCAGUGUCAGCAACGACGACGAGGUUUUUCCCAACCCCCCGACACAAACGAGGCCUCUCAGCGCGAGUGAGCAACAUUUUCUCUUCAAAUCCCAUAAUGCGCUUCUUGCGCGGAUAACGGAUCUGGAACGCGCACUUUCAAUGAGAAGGAGGGAGUCGGGCGGGUAUUCUAAUGGAGGUAGUUCGAGACCGGCGUCCGUCGCUUCGAACUUCUCUUCCUCGAGUGCGGGCACAAGCGGUGUUAACGGCAGCCAGGCGGGCGAGCCGAGCGAUGAGAUGCUCAAUCUCAUUGCCGACCUCAAGUCUGAGCGCGAUGAGCUGAAACGUGAUGUUGAUGGUUGGCGGACGAGGGUGGGUGAUAUGGAGAACCAGAUGUCGGUAUUGACAAAGCGGAUAGAGCAUGAGCGACGUGAUGCUUGGGUUGCUCGGUCCCGUGUCGGCUUGCUGGAAGUGGAGAAGGGCGUGUUGGCAAAGAAGGUAGAGGCUCUCGAUGAGCUGUUGGCCAUCCACGACAAGGAAAAGGGUGAUUUGGAAAACCAGGUUGGAUCACUGCUCAAAGAAAAUUCGGAUUCGAAGCAACGGAUUACGGAACUUGAGGCACAGGUUGAGUCGUUGCGGCUGGAGCUUGCCAACGAGAGGUCAAAGAACGUGAAGGAGUCAGACCCGUUAGUGACGCCCACGCCACGUUCCUUUGACAGCUUCAAGAGACCUGGCAUGGGAUUGCCCAACAAAAAGCAUGGCCUCGGUUUCGCAUCGGUAGAUUCUGAAAGUUCAGUUACGGAUGUCGAACAAGAUUCGUCCGACGAUUGUAUACCCGUAUCUAAAUUCCCCCUCAAAUCAGUUCAGGAAGAGUCUGAUGAGGUUGACGAAGACGGUGUUGCUGGGUAUGAUGAUGAAGAUGACGAGGAUAAUGGUCUUGCUGGAUACGAGGACGAGGAAGAUACCGAUAUGAGCCUUCAGUCCUCUUCAUCCUUUGAUUCUGAGGAAGAUUUGCCGCGUUCCAUCGCUCAUCUUCACAAUUCCGGUCUACCUUCAUCCCCUACCACUCCACGGCCACAAGUCUUCACCCCACCUCGUUCGAACCACGCAAGGAGAGCAACGUUGUCCAAAACAUGGACCUUCCCGUUUGGAUGUCAACCACAGACUCCCCCGAAGGUAGAAGAGGACGAAACUGUCGACCGAUUCUUUGGAUGUUUGGAUGACGGCGAAAGCGAUACAACAGGAUCUGUUCCCAGUAGUCCUUCGGCAUACUCGUACGAGAAGAGCAAAGGCUUAUUUGCAAGUGGCUUCAAAUUUGCAUCAGCAGAUGAUAACGCUUCUUUCUUCCUCCCUGAUGGUGUUGGUACACUCGCCGAUUCUCAAGACGGUUCUGACAAAGAGGACAAGGCUCUGUCUGUUGUUGCUGAGGAAGAUGAAGAGGAGACCACAUCAGAGACUGAGGCAACCGGCAUGGACAGCAUUGAUGGUGAAGAUUUAUUCGGCGAGGAGAUCGGUGGCAUUCGUAUCACUUUUACCCCUCCUCAGGAAGAACCAGUGGUAGAAGAGAGGAAACAGAUUCAGCUAGUCUCUCCUAUUAAACGAACUUCUCCUCCCCCUAUUCUUCCUGCUUUGAACUUUGGCAUCGAAGAAGAUGACGAAGAUGAAGAGGAACAGGAUGAUAUACGUCGCGUUAUCCCCUUCAACUUUGGACGGCCAUCGAGGGAAGAGCGGCAGGCAUCGCCGCCGCCUCCUGUCACUGUCUCUGCACCAGUCAUCUCAGCUCCUUUGCCCCCUUUGGCCCGUUCCGCCUCUCCUUCCAUGAUUCCUCGUCCCGCAUCUCCUUCCUCCUCUUCAUCACUACCAAGGCUUGUCACAUCCAGACCUGUCGUUGCCACCUCUGUGCCUUCUUCUGUCCCGGAAUCUACUCCUCUCAAGGCGUCGCCUUCAAGAGUGGUGUCUGCUUCUUCCACUUCGUAUGUUACUCCGCCGAACAAACGAGGUGGUGUUACGCCUUCAUUUAUUCCUCAGCCGGUUUCUUCCCCGUCUCCUUUGCGAACUACCUCGGCAUCGGGUCCGUCGACGGUGACAAAGUCUCGGGCCGUGCCAACUUCAACAUUCAUUCGCCAGCCCACGAAGAAACCGUUGCUUCCAACGCCUAGCUCCUGCAAAUCACCAAAUAACAAUACUGGCAAUUCAAAUGGUUCGACAAUGAUUCCCCAAAUUCCCAGUAUUCCAGUGAAUACUGGCAUUUUUCGCAGAUCAUCCAAUGAGCCCGCUGCGCUCCCAGCGACAGAUUUCUUUGAUGUCAGCAAUAACAAUAACCACUCCUCAGCGCAAAUGAAGAGUGUUGAUCUGUCUCAUGAAUCUACUUUCACAUCCCCUUCUCCUCGUCCAUCGGCGACGGCCACAACAACAACUACUCGCAUCCCCAGGUCAUCCAUCUCGUCGUCGUCCAAUGCAUCAUCUUCGAUCUCUUCAAUCGUUUCUUCACCACUUUCUGCACGACUUUCGUUCCAAACUAUUACCAAUUUUAUGCCGUUGUCAUGGACGUCCACGUUGACAUCUGCAAGCGCCAACCCUCCUGCACCAUUGAGUGAUGUUGAUGAUGAUGUCACUAUUGUUCCUGCUGCUCCUGCUGUACGUCGCAGAAGUGGGAAAUUUGUUUCCAGAGAGCUACAGUUACGCAAGUUGCAGACUCGCAUGGAUGUUGAAGGUGUAUUGGCAAUGCGAAUGGCAGUCCAGUUCCAGUGCAAAAAAUGUGAUGGAAACGCUGUUUUUAUCUGA